AUGUCUUCAGUGGAGGUAUCGCGCAUUUUGAACUGCAGCACGCACUAUGCGGUGCUCAAACUAGGUGAAUCCAGCCAUGUGCCAUCGUUCACGGAUGCCCAGGAAGUGCGCAGACGCUACAAGGAGCUCGCGGUCCGCGUCCAUCCAGACAAGAAUCGAGCUACUGAAUUGAAGACGCCAAUCCGCACGCACCCAGUGUCCAACAGCUUCAGCGUCCUCCUUUUCUGGGCGACAUCAUCUGGCAAGCGGUUGGUGUCUACACGACGCUCCUCAUAG